AUGGCUUUUAAAAUCGCUUCUGGACUUUUAAAAUUAACUCAAAGGGUUAAGUUUGGUCGGAAUGUUUUAAUCUCGUCAACUUGCACCGGAAAAUUUACGGUUGAACACGACCGACACAACCGGCGCUUCAUCGUCGCUCCGCGCAGCGGCGCAGGGUCAGACAGCUGUGCAGUUCUGUCCUACAGGUUCACCGGGGACAAGGAGGUGGACCUGAUGUCCACAUUUGUACCGGAGACAUUUAGAGGUCAAGGUAUCGCCGCCUUGCUCUCACAGGCUGCUGUGGACUUCCUGUUGGAGGAGAACCUGAAGGCCCGGGUCUCCUGUUGGUACAUAAAGCAGUACAUUGAAGAACAGCCUCAGCAGGUGUACAAAGACCUCCUUAUCACCUGACUGUCCAUGGAUCGUCUGCUCUACAGACUUAAAUCAUGUUUUAAUUGAAUAUUUAAUGAAUCAAUGAACAGAUCUCGCAACGUUUGCUGGAGACAGGAUCCAGAUCCCGCUUAUGGAUAGAUUUAUCUAAUUAAUUGAUAAGUGCAUUAAUUAAAGCAGCCCUAAUAUAUAUAAUGUACAGUUUUACUUCCAGCAAAAAUACGACAA